AUCCGAUCCAUCUAAGUCCAGGAACAGAGUCGUAUCACUGCAGCAGCAAAUAGGACCAUGACCAUCAAAGGGGUGAGUAGAGAGAUAAAGGAAGUCAAUAAGACUCCAUCCCCUCGUCCUUUCCUUACGUUGGCUGCUACCAUCUGCCAAUCGUUUGCAAUGACUCACAUGCAACUCUCUGAUUCGUAUCAAUUCCAGCCUGCUCCCAGUCCCUCCCUUGCAGAGGUCACAUCCCUCCUGCUAGGAGGUGAUGGGACCUCAUCGCAAACCUCCAAGGGCAACACCGUCCCAGUCUAUGUCACCAUCCCCGCCGAUCUCAUCACGCCAGUGAUGGCCUACCUUCGUCUCACAAAAGGAGCCCAGAAAGACUGCCGGAGUUUCCUCUGUGAGAGCGUCACAGGUGGAGAGAAGAUCGGACGGUAUUCCUUCGUGGGCGCAAAUCCCUACAAGGUCAUCCGAUCCGGUCCUUUGCCAGGCAUGGAUGUGCAAGGGGACCCGCUUAAGGCCGUAGAGGCCGAGCUGCAGGACAUUCAGUACGUUGCUCUGCCCGAGCUGCCCAAGUUCACUGGAGGAGCGAUGGGAUACCUGGCCUACGACUGUAUCCAACACUUUGAGCCAGUCACAAAGACGACUCUUAAGGACAACCUCGGCAUUCCCGAGUCGGUAUGGAUGUUCUGCGACGAGGUGAUCAUCUUCGACCACAUCUACCAGAACAUCAAGGUCGUCUCUCACGUCGCCCUACCCAGGGCGAGAGCAUCGCAGCAUUCCAAUGGCUCUGCUGCGUCGUCCAGCUCAGCUGCUGCUGCUGCUGCUGCUGCUGCUGCUGCUACGCCCGAGCUUGUCUCCUCGCUCUAUGCUGCUGCAUCGCAGAGGGUCUGGAACCUGCUCUCCGUCAUCACUUCCGACCAUACGCCUUUGCCCUACCAGCCCAAGAUCACUGGCGAUCACGCCGCCGUGUCCAACGUAGGCAAGGCAGGCUACGAAGGCUUUGUCACCGCUCUGCGCAAGCACAUUGUUGCCGGCGAGAUCAUCCAAGCUGUACCUUCGCAGCGUCUAGCCAAGAAGACGGAGCUGCACCCUUUCAAUGUGUACCGGCAUCUCCGGCAGGUCAACCCUUCGCCCUACAUGUUCUACCUGAACGUCGGCGACGACUGCGAGAUCGUUGGUGCCUCCCCUGAGACGUUGUGCAAAGUUGAAGCAAACAAGGUUAGCGUGCAUGCCAUUGCCGGAACAGUCAAGCGUGGCGCUACCGCCGAGGAGGACGAGCGGUUGGGAAAAGAGCUGCAGGGCAGCGACAAGGAUAAGGCGGAGCAUGUGAUGCUGGUUGAUCUGGCGAGGAACGACGUCAGCAGGGUUUGUGACCCGAGGACGACGACAGUGGAGACGUUUAUGCAGAUUGAAAAGUUCAGUCAUGUCAUUCACUUGACGAGCAAGAUUACUGGUAUGCUCAGGGCGGGCAAGAACAGGUUCGACGCCCUUCGCUCCAUCUUCCCAGCAGGCACAGUCUCCGGUGCUCCCAAGAUUCGAGCAAUCGAACUCGUCUCUUCCCUCGAGCAAGAGACUCGCGGCGUCUACGCCGGCGCCGUCGGACACAUCGACUAUGCCUCUAGUGAAAUGGACGUUUGCAUUGCCAUCCGUACCAUGCUCUUUACAAAGGGAACCGCUUACCUACAGGCUGGUGGGGGGAUUGUUUAUGAUAGUGUAGAGGAGGAUGAGUAUAUUGAGACGAUUAACAAGUUGGGAGCCAAUGUAAGGACGUUGCAGAGGGCCGAGGAGUACUACCGACGUUUGCAGGAGCAGGAGUAGGAUUGGGGCGCAAUGCAAUGCCCCAAGGCUAGUCUAGAGUAGUCAAAAUCGCCUUGAACAGCCCCUCUUGUAUAGCUCACCGAGGUAGAGUGAUAUAAUAGAAUGGACACUCCACUCUCACACACAAGUGCCUCGACGUCUACACCAGCGUGACCGUCCAUUC